UUUGGUUUUGUUUCUCGUCGGACACAAUUUGUAACUGCACCCGGAACCACACCGUCCGUCCGUGCAGAUGUGCAAAUUCUUUCUGCAAAAAAUCUCACCUUUGGAGACGAGUGAAAGAUGUUUUACUGGAUGAAGAGGAACAGCGGCGGCUCGGAGACACUCGACAGUCUCAACAUGUCUAAAUCUGAGAUACUGAGAGGAAUCGUCACCGAGAAGCUGACCACAGCCGCGCAGGAAAUCUUAGCGGUGGUCGAGAGAACCGUGGCCGGCUACGAGGAGGAGGCGACGGGCUUCAGACGGGAGAUCGACCGGCAGAGGAGGCAGCUGGAGCUCCUCCUGCAGCCUCGGGUCACACUAGAGAGAAAAGCCCUGAUCCCGGAUGUAGAAGGCCAUGAGGUGGUUGUUUUGAGUGAAGAGGAAGAGGAGCAGCAGGCAGGUGACGGGGACACUGGCAGCCUGGGCCUCCUGUGGUUCAACGACGACGAUGAAGACGAAGAGCAGCAGCUGUCGGCGCGACCAGCAGCGAGCUCCAGACAGAGACGAGAAGAUCUGAAGGACCCGGAUUAUCAAAUAACAUCCAGGUUAAUGUCCCCCAGAGCUCGGUCUGACAGGAGGAGGCCCGGCAGACCUCGGAGCAGUGAACCGCAGAGCGACGUCGUCCUCAGGAUCUGCAUCCUGGAGGACUCUCGCACCAUCGUGCUCUCCAACACGGUGUUCAAGAAGUACCCGGUGCGGGAGGUGCGGUGUCCUCGCGGUCUGCAAGAGGACGACUUCCUGGACCUGCUGAGGCGCACCUUCCCUCAGCUGGCGGAUCACAAACCUUUCGACGUCUUCACAUCUGACAGGACGAAGACGCUGCAGCCUCUGAGAGUGACGCCUCUGACGCCCGAGGAGAUCUGCGGCAGCAUCCGGCUGGCCGGGGGGGGGAACUCUGCCCUCUACAUCCGACUGAAGAGCGCAGAGGGUCCUCAGAGCGCAGAGGGUCCUCAGAGCGCAGAGGGUCCUCAGAGCGCAGAGGGUCCUCAGAGCGGCGGCGAAGACCUGCGUCCUCUGCAGAGACCGGAGGGUUCUCCAUCGGGCUCCGCCACCACGUCAGCUGACGAAACAGAAACGUUCACCAGGUCAUCGACUCGAGUUCAGUCUGAGAGGAGGCGGCGUGGCAGACCUCGCCUCGGGGAAGAACCCACUCACCACGUCCUCCGAGUCUGCAUGCUGGAUGAGUCCCAGUCGGACGUGCUCUCCAACAAAGUGUUGACAAAGUGCCCGGUGCGGGAGGUGCGGUGUCCUCGCGGCAUGCAGGAGGCCGACUUCCUGGACCUGCUGAGGUGCACCUUCCCUCAGCUGGCAGGAGACGACAAACCCUUCGACGUCCUCAAGUCGGACAGGAGCCGCAGACUGCAGCGGCUCAAAUUGAAGACGCUGACGCCCGAGGAGAUCUUCAGGACGAGAUCCACCGGAGUCGAGAAGACGCUGCUCUACCUCCGCCUGAAGGUGCACAGACGCACUGCAGGCCGAAACAUACAAAAUACAGGAGAGGAAGAGGAGGAGGAUCUUCGUCUUUUAUCCAGCGAUGACGCCGGCUUCAGCUCCGGCCCCGUCCAGCACGUAGACGGUGACGGAGUGGACGUCCCGUGCAGCAGCUCAACAUCGCAGCAGCAGGAUAUGGAAACACAGGAAGCCGGUGAUGAAGACGCUGCUGAGAGCCGAGCGGACUCCAGCGACGACGACGGCAAAGGUGAGGAUGAGGCGUUCGACGGAGACGAUGACUGGAAACCCGACCCGGAGCCGCAGACGUCGAAGCCGAGGAGGGAGCGAGGAGUCAGAAGGUCGGGUGUGCGGCGGAAGUUGACGGGCAGCGGUAAAACGCCCUGUAAAGUCUGUGGAGUUUGGUACAGGAUACAAGGCAGCUUAAUCAAACACGCCUGGAGCCACGUGGACGAAGCGCAGUGUGUGUGCGGCGUGUGCGGCGAGCGUUCUGAAUCUGUGGAAGAACUAAAGGGACAUCUUAAAAAGUAUAAAAAAACUCACGACUGCUCGUAUUGUCGAAAGUCUUUCCUCACCGUCACCGGCCUCAAGUGCCACACCACCCUGCACACGGGAAACAGGCCGUUUAGAUGUGACGUCUGCAACAAAACCUUCGCUCACACGUCCAGCCUGAGCAUUCACCGCUGGGUCCACGUGGAGGACAAACCCCACAAGUGCCACGUUUGCCCGAAGGCGUUCGGUCUGAAGGCGCAGCUCCAAGCUCACAGCAAGCUGCACACGGGGAGAGACCGGUACCACUGCACCGUGUGCGGGAAGUCUCUGUACGACCUGCGAUCUUUAACCCGCCACAAGUCCACUCACUCGGGGGAGCGGCGCUACGGCUGCGAGAUCUGCGGGAAGCGUUUUAAACUCCCGGGCACGUUGAAGUCUCACGAGAAGAUCCACACGGCGAGAGAGAGGCCGUACCUCUGCCACAUCUGCUGCAAAACCUUCCUCUCAAACUGCGGAUUGACCACUCACAUGAAGACGCACAGCGACGACCGGCCGUUCACCUGCAUCGUGUGCAGCAAAGGCUUCAUAUCCAACGGCGAGCGCAAGGCGCACAUGCGCGUGCACACAGGCGAGGCGCCGUACGGCUGCUCCGAGUGCGGCCGCUUCUUCAAACGCAAGACUCACCUGAACAACCACGUGAGGAGCCACCUGGGCAUCAAACUGUUCGUCUGCGCUGUUUGUGGGAAGGCGUGCUCGCGGCAGGAACACCUGACGGUCCACAUGAGGACGCACAACGGGGAGAGACCGUACCAGUGCACGCUCUGCGACAAAGCCUUCACUCAGAGCCACUGUCUGAAGACACACAUGAAGAGCCACCGGGGCGACGAGGAGCCGUUCCUGAACGCGUCCUCGUCCUGAAAGACGUUUGAUCCGCCUGCUCGUCACCUGACGUUCUGAGUGGAGCUGCGACUCGUCUGCAGAUUCUCUUCUCGAUGAAUGAUUUAAAUGGCCGUCGGUUUCUCAAAGUGUCUUUAAAACCCAAAGAUCUUCACUUUAAUGUAAAACAGAGAAAAGCAGCAAAUCUCCACAUUUGAAGCUGUAAACAACAUUUUCUGACAAAUUAUUAACGAUGGAUUAUUAACGAUGGAUUAUUAAUGUUGGAUUAUUAAAGUUGGAU